GUUUGUUUCCGGAGUGAGUGGCCUGUUAUUAUUUUAAGUAGCGGGUAAAAUAUCGGUUUCUCUCAAUUCUGACAAAAUGGAUAUGUAUGCUGUGCCCAACCCGGGAAUACCAGGCUGUCCACCAGGAUUAGAGUACAUGACUCAGGUGGAUCAGCUACUCAUCAAACAGAAAGUUGAGCUCGUUGAAGCCCUCGUUGGGUUUGAAAGCAACAACAAGUAUGAAGUCCGCAACUCCGUGGGCCAGAAUGUGUUCUACGCCGUCGAGGAGAACGACUGUCUGAGUCGACAGUGUUGCGGCCCGCUGCGUCCCUUCACCAUCCACGUCCUCGACAAUUUCGGACAAGAGGUCAUCACCGUCACCAGGCCGCUGAAGUGCAUGUCUUGCUUCUUCCCCUGUUGUUUACAAGAGCUGGAGGUGCAGUCUCCCCCCGGCAACACAGUGGGAUACGUGAUCCAACAGUGGCAUCCGUUCUCCCCCAAAUUUAUUGUCGCAAACGAACACAACGAGCCUGUGUUGAAGAUCCACGGGCCCUUCUGUGGAUGGAGCUGCCUUCCAGAGGUUGACUUUGAGAUUGUGACGAUGGAUGAAGUCAGUAAGAUCGGGAAAAUCAGUAAGCAGUGGACGGGACUUCUUCGGGAAGCGUUCACAGACACAGACAACUUUGGUAUCCAGUUUCCCAUGGACCUGGAUGUGAGAAUGAAGGCUGUGAUGAUCGGCGCAUGUUUUCUCAUUGAUUUCAUGUUCUUCGAGAGUACUAACUAGGAGCCGGACAGGAUUUCGAUGUAACAUUCCUGGAGGAACAAGGCCACUAAGCAGCCAUGAGUCAGUCUAAAAUGCCCUAACAGAGAACAACCUUCAAACGGAUAGUUUCGAGAAAGUACCACAAGGUACCUACAUGUUAUAAUUUUGCAUGAACAAUGAAGUAGAAGGUUUGUUUUAGUCUUAGCUGCUCAGGUUGGUUGUAAAAUCAUGUCACUGAGCUGUGAGUGCACGAUGAUUUUUCCUUUUUUUUAGACAGUAUUCAUGAAGAAAAUGAUUUAUUUUCUGACGUGUGUGUUUACAUUUACGGUUACUGAUCACAUCUGGGCGCAAAACCUUUAGUUACUACUAACAAAAAACUCAAAUAGAAAGAGAACAUCCUUGUACACGUAAAGGGAAUACAGCUGUUACACAGUUCUAACUAGUACGAUCGGUGUUAUUAGUGUGUGUUAGUCAAGAUGUUAAGUCAAAUAAUCCACUCUGCUUGCAGCUAUAUCGAGAGAGCUGAAGGACUCGUGUGACGUAGUAAUGUGUGAUUCAGAUAUCCAACGCCCUUAUUUAUUGAUUUCUAUUUUGUUUUUCACUUUGUCAACUUAGAGCAACGUGUGUGUGUGUGUGUGUAUGUGUGUGCGCUGCUUUGUGCGCGUGUUUGUGUGUCUGUGUGCUACGACUGUACUCGUGUGUGUGUUUUAACUGGAACGUAAAUGGUCAUAAUGUAGAAUACAAAGUAUAUUUAUAUUUUCAAUUACCACAAUAAUUAUGCAUCGCUGACCCUGCGGAGGUUGUUUUUAUGUCGAGGACGGCGUUAUAGCUCAACGUGCUGUCCCAGGUUUGUCCACACGAGGGCGCUAGAUACUCACCUACGAGUGACCCACCGCGUAGUCCAAAUGAACAAUCUCAACACCUGCUUAUGCCAUAGAGUUUUAUUUCAAACAGUAGUGUCUGAUGUAUAUUUUUGGACAAACUCAGGUUGAAAUGCAUGCUACUGUAUCAUACUGUUGGCUACUGCUGGCUCUGGGAAUUACACACCUGCACCUGAUACUAUGAGUAUACAGAAAGAUUUGGUUUUUUUUCUUUCGGGAGAACAUUUUGUACAUUAAAUCACCUUAAUAUCCAUACUUUGCAUAUACUGGUGUAUAUAUAUCCUGGUGUAUCAACUUGACAUGUGAUAUUUCCCACUGUUAUAUUACACGUGGAAGUCCAACGUGUGCAAAAAUUAAAUAUCUCAAGUUUCCAGGAUAAGAUAGAUUCCAUUGAAUAUCUAUAAAUAAUGCUGCGUCAUGCCUCAAUGUGAAAGUCUACUAUUUAAUCAACAUUGUAGCAAAGGUGUUAACUUUAAGGCCAGUAAGGAAUCUCGUAGAGUUCUGAUAAAAUGUGGUUUUCCCCUCUAAUGAAGGACUCUGCAAACCUGGAAAAAAAAAAUGUCCAUCUUAAGCCAUUUUUCACACAGUAAGUCUCAAAAGCUUCACAGCUCUUAUUUUUGUAAAACGCACUAUACACUGCCAGUAGGAAGAGCUAAUGUUGCCAGUGUAGACUUCAAUUUUCUUGCGUCAACAGUAUUUUAUUCUGCCUUCAGUGUAUUGACACUCGUUUGUAGAAUUACCAUAAGUGGAUUUAACUCAGUCUUUAUGAGCGGCAUUUUUUUUGUUUUUUUGUUUUUUUGACCCUUGAUGUUAAGACUAGCAACACGAUUAAAUACUUAAGAUGGAUGUUUUUUUGAAGUCUGUUUUGUUUUUAUGGCAUUCAGCUUGUUAAGAAACUACUGAAUCACAUUUUUGCCAAUAGGAUUAGUCUGAUCAUUGGGUAUGGUUUCUUAGAAUGCACUAAUAGUAUAAGAUGCUGGUGCUACAUCCUCUGAAGGCUCUUUGGGUGUGUUUUAAAAGCCAAAAAUGAUCGUCAGAAUGUGACACAAAGGGAAUUUUUUUGCUAUUCUUCGUCAGUUAUAUAACAAAACAGUUCUUAUUCUUCUACUUUUGCACUAAUACUGUGAACUAAUAACCCGUUUAGUCAUGCAAUGAAUGGAAACUGAGCUAAGCUUCAAUUGUGCAAAUAGUCCCUGAAAAUGUUCAAUAAAAAAAAAAA